UGUUUCAGAUCUUAUAAUGUUUACUACACCUCAUAUGCCUAUUGAAAUUUGUUUAAAAUAAGAGGACAAAUCCGUGUUUAAAACAGUUGGAUAAUCGUUGAAUAAGUAAAUCAAUAAGUGAGAUGUACAGAAUUCAAUAACGGAAAAAGAAAAACAUUCUUCUUCUUCUUUUUCUCUAUUUAGAGUAUACAUCCUCCCUGUAGCAGUGAUGAAUUUUUCCUGUUUAAGGCUUUCCUGUCACCACAAAGAAAGACAAAUACCUAACGGAAAUUGACAGCAACGACUUAAGAAUAGCAAUGGACACAAAGAACGAAGAAAUGGAAAUUGACAGCAAGGAAGAUGAAUUUUUGACUCAUGUCGAAACAGAAUUUAUUGGGAGAGAGUUCGACAUGCAAGCAAUUGCAAAAGCAUGGAAGUAUCACAGAAUUCUAGGGUUAUUUGGUCUUAGGUCAGUAGGAAAGUCGAGACUUGUGCACGUAUUUUUGUCUCGUUACAUAACAGAUGUCACCCUUCUGGAUAUAGACUUAAAACAAUUCGGAAACAUUAGUGCAUUAUAUUCGUACUUUUGUAUUCAACUAGGCACAAGAGUAGUAUACGACGCACACAAAUCUGACUGGUGGAUCCAGCAUAUUGUUAAAGAGCUCAUUCAUAAAAACGACAAAGACUUUGUCAUUGUUUUUGACAACACAGAAGAUUUUCAAGAGGUAAAAGGUACAACGGCCAGAGAUCUGUUUCUGUCGUUGAGUUGGAAUAUCAUCAAAAGAUGCAACAAUGUCAAGGUCAUUAUCACGUCAACGACAAGUGUGAAGUUUGUGGCGAAGACAUUCUUCAGUUAUACAUUGGAACCUUUAACUUUUACAGAUUCAUGUCAUUUGCUUCGGUCUGUAGCUCCAGAUAUAAAUUUUGGCGAAUACGAAGACGCUAUUGUAACUCUAAGUGAUGGAUUGCCACUACUCAUCUUGAUGAUAGGAUCAGAACUUAAGAACAACGACGAAAUGACGCCUUGUCACAUGGUGCAGUGUCUACAAACAAGCCGCCUUAAAACAUUAAGUGACACAUUAUAUCCAAAAGAAGACCGUAUUGCUGAUGUAUACAAAAGUUUCAUAGAUCGAUUGGCCUUGAAGUAUAAAGAACAUCUCACUGUUUUGGAUUAUAUUCCAGGAUCAUUCAGUGUUGAUGAGUGCAGGGAAAUCAUAGAUGUUGAAACAACAGAGGCGAUGGUUAAAUUCAAGACAAUAAAACCAUUACUAGAUCGUCAUGUUCUAGACCGUGAUUCUGCAACCAAACGGCUCAACAUACAAGGAAUUUUAAGAGAAUGUCUGAAGUCGUACUAUACGGUGAAAGAUCUUCCAAAAGUCAGGGCUAGAUACAGUAAAAUAUUUACAGCUGUAAUGGUACGCAUAUCAAGCCGGCUCUAUACGCCUGAAUAUACUAAAGCAGUAGCAGAGUUAACAAUUGAAUAUCCGAACUUACAGAAACUUCUGACAGAUGUAGAGUACACUACGCAAGACACAUAUCACUUUUUUAUAAAGGUCGCCACUGACUGUACAGGACUUGUGGAUAACUUUAUGGCAGGUGAAGGAGAAGUAUUUUAUCAAGGGUGUAUGAAGAUUGCAGACAUGUACGGUAAAGAGAUAGACAGAGCGAACGUUCAUAUUGCCGUUGGUAGUUUUUAUACAAAUGUCAAGGGACCGAGAACCGGCAAACAAUGUCAUUUAGAACAAGGAGCAGAUAAUUAUGAUGCUGCACUUAAUGUUCUUGAGAAGUAUGGAAAAUCACUGCAGCUAGCAACGGCCAAUCAAAGAAAAGGAUGGAACCUACUGAUGCAGGGGAAAAAUCUCGCAGCGACAGUAUUUCUGAAGAAUGCAUUUGACUUGUCAAAUUCUUCCGGAACGGACUUCCAGUCAAUCGUUCUGCAAUCGUUGAACAGUCUUGGUAUUACUAAUACUGUCCUUGGUCGUUUUGAUGAAGCGGAAAAGUAUCAUUUUGAAGCGCUAAGACGAAGAAAACAAAUCCAAGGUGAAACUCACCCCUUUGUUGGAGCUUGUUUGAACAACAUUGGAAUAAUGUAUUAUCAAAAAGGAGAUUGGCAUAAAGCGCUUGAAUUCUAUGAAGCUGGACUCGAUAUAAAGAGGAAGAACCAAACUCCCGCAUGGUCACUUGUAAAUUCGCUGAGUAACACGGCCAAUAUGUACAGCGAAACGGGAGAAUCCGCAAAAGCUAUGCAACUACUGAACGAAGCAUUGGAGUUACUUAACAAGGAAAAGUUGCCACCUAAGGAAUCAUUCGCUUUGAUAUAUGACACGAUAGGAAAAGUUUAUCGGCGUGAUGAAAACCUCACAUCUGCAGAAGAUAUGUUCCAAAAAGCUAUAAACAUAAGAGGAGAAAUUUCCAUGGAAAACGUAACGUAUCUCGAGAGUUUGGUUCACUUAGCGGACAUACACAAGCGUCAGAAACAUUACAUAUCUUGUAUAAAAGUCUCAAACAAAGCUCUCCAGAUUAAAGAAACGGCAGAAAAGGCCAUGCCACAAAAUCCAUUUGUCAAAGAAUGCUUUGAAUGCUUAGCUGAAGUUUACAAUUUAUCAGGGUCUAAUGACAAAUAUAUUGAAACUCUUGAAAAACUUCAAUCAGAACUGAUUCGACUUGAAAGAGUCCAUCUGGAUCAUGGAAAUGACAGAGAUCUUCUAAAAGUUCGGAAAGAAAUGCAAAGCGUUACAGAAACCAUUCAAAGGGUUUCAUACGAAACCAAAUCGAGAUAAUACACAUACUUUUUAUGUUUCCUUGUAUAUACAUUGUAUUUGGAAUGUGUAUUUCUGUGCUUUUCGGUGAACUUAUAUUUCUGUCACGACAAUUAGUACUAGGUUUUUUUUCCAUUUACUGUCUACAUUUCUACGUUGUUCCAUAAACGGACGAAAUAACACAUGUAACACAGCCUGAGGAAUUCGUUAGCCGAUACUAUUAAUGAAAUAUUUUAGUGUGUACAUAUCAUAUGCUUUCUUAAUGUUAUUUGUUGUAAUUGAAAGAAUCAAAAUUAAAUGUAUUUUGUCACAAGAAAAAGGACGGAUUCACAGCUGAAUAUUUCCAAAUACAUGUAAUGCAUAAUGGGCAAUUCUAUUAGGUUUAAAAAAAGAAAAGAAAAAACAA